AUGUUGGAUUUCAUGGAAGUAAAUCCAGACAUAGCCAAAGGCUUCUUCAAAGGAGACAAAGUGGCUCUUGAGGAAAAGUGGCGCCAACUAACUGAGUCGUUAAAUAGCCAAGGACCACCAAUAAAACACGCAAAUGAGUGGAAGAAGACCUGGACUGACUGGAAAAGUGAAGUGAGGAAGAAAUUGGCACACAACAGAAGAGAGGCCGUGACUACCGGAGGCGGCCCAUUUAAAAAGUGCACAUUGUCGGAGGCGGUGGAAACGGUAGCAAGAAUUUGCGGACUGUACGCUGUUGUAGAAGGCAUAUCAAUGUCCACUUCUUUUGGAACUGGGGAGGAGGCAGUAUCCGCGCCCGACUUAAGCGAUGAUGAUUUGCCUACCACAUACGCAAGAGUCCGUGAGGAGGAAACCAAUCCGUCUCCGACCCCAAAGAGGCACAGAAAUAAUCCCUCACUACAGGAUUCCGUGAAGGCAUUCAUGCAAGCGGAAAACAAAUUCCAUGAAAGCUUUUCUGGAAGCAUAGCAGGACUGGCGAAAAAUCAAAAAGACACCGAGAGCGACGUCAGACGAGUUUACCGCGGCUUAGACAAAAUUGAUGCCACCUUAGAAAACAUCCGCAGCGACAUGAAUAGUCACCGUAAAAAAGUGGAGGAAGCAUUGCUGGCAAAAAAAAACCAAAUUAAACUGCGACAGCUUGAGUUAGAUUUAGAGCGUUUCAAAUUUUAA